AUGCGUCCGGUAGUAUACUUUAAUCCCAUAGCGUUGCCGAAAACUAAACACUUUGUUCCACUUUGGAAUCGUCAUGUGGUCUAUCCCAAGUUUACUCCUGGUGAUCCACAACUCAGAAUGUUCCUUCCUCCCUUUUGGAUGAAAAUGCUUUACCCUGGACAGAAUUGCCCAAAACGUCUUGCUAUUUUUAAAAUUCAUCCACAAAUGACAAAAUUCGAUGUGAAACAGUAUUUAGAAAAGAUUUACAGUGUUCCCGUUAUUGGUGUUCGUGUUAAGAUGCUUUAUCAUGAUCUCCAUCCUUUGGAUGCUGCUGAGGACAAGAGAUUCACCGUUGGUUCUGCUUUCCCCCACCUUCUUCCCAGAGAAUCUGAACGCUACGAGAAAGUUGCUUAUGUUCACCUCGCUCCAGGUCAUGAGUUUGAAUUUCCCGACAUUUUCAAGGAUGGGAAGCGUCCCUCAAUUCAGAUUGAACAGAUACUGAACUCCUCUCAAAUUAGAGACGAUUUACAACCCGCAGAUGAAGACAAGGAGCAAGUUCAAGAGGAAGUCAAGAAACUCGAUAGUGCUAAGAAGGAGCCCAAGGGUCCCUCUAAUGUUAUCAAUAAGUGGUUCUCAUGA